UCAAGCGGGUCAUGGAUCUUGGCGACGACCUUGCCACGAAAGAAGAGGAAGAGGAAUGGUGGAUGGAAUGGGCCGCUUUGAAAGCUGAGUGGGAUGAUUGGCACAUCAACGAUGCGGAACUCUGGGGACUCCGCAAUAAGUCUCAGUGGAUCAUAGCGGCAGAGCGUAUAUCCAAGUCCUUCUUCAGACGGUUGUGCCUGAAGCACCCUGCCUCUAUUAUGCUUGCCCUGGACCCGCCAUUCGAUCAUCAGCGGCCUGUUGCGGAAUCUACCCAUGCAAUCUUGGACUAUGCCCAAGACUACUACUCUUACCUUUUUUCGGAGGAGCAAAGUGGGCCACAAGAGGACAUUACACAUUACCUCGAGAACGAUGUCUGGACAAAGAUAGCUAUCAAGCUGGAGGCGACGGACAAACAAGACCUCGAAAGGCCAAUCACCCAAGAGGAAAUUCUGCACGCGUUGGCCGACAUGCCUUCAGGCAAAGCCCUUGGCCCUGGUGGGAUGCCUGUGGAACACCUUAAAACAUGUGCGCACAUUCUCAUGCCGCAUCUGCUAGAGGGCUUCAACUCGGUAUGGGAAAAUGCCCAGGAGCUACCUAAAGACUUCGGCCUUGCCACUAUCAUCCUAGUUUACAAGAAGGGAUCUCCCAAGGACAUUCGGAACUGGCGGCUUAUAUCCCUGCUCUCCGCCCCGUAUAAGCUCCUCGCUAAGGUCCUUGCAAAUCGCCUCACGACCCAGCUCCCUGUGUUGAUCGACAACACCCAGACAGGCUUUAUCCUUGGUAGGCAUAUACACACAAGUGUCCUGCUUGCACGACAAGUCCUAUGGCAUGCUCCCCGACAAGACCUGUUUGUCGCCUUUGUCCUUCUCGAUUUUGAGAAAGCAUACGACAGGGUCGCAUAACCCUUUCUGUUGGAAGGCAUGCGACAGCGAGGUAUUGCCGAGAUUUUUGACUACAGUCCGUACGCUGCUAGCAAGUGUGCAGUCUCAGCUCCUUAUCAACGACUUCCUCUCUUAGACUAAUCCAAUCAAGGUCACACGGUCGG